CAAGGCUGCAGCUGACGCAACUUAAACUUCACCGCGAACGCGGCUCGGUAAUGAUGCAGAGUCUCAGUCUCAGUCGCAUCGAAUGGCUCGCCAGCCAAUGGUCGAUGACGCCGCUGGCACUCUCUUUAUCGCUCCUCCUCGUCAUUUUAACCUCCUACGUGGCGUAUCAGAGACUGCUCUCCCCGUUCGCCGGGAUCCCCGGCCCGUUUUGGGCGAGCCUUUCCCGGUUGUGGUUGACCUGGCACGCCCGGAAGGGAGACCUGCACACGGUGAUGAUGCGGCUGCAUGAGAAGCAUGGGAAGUUAGUUCGCAUUGCGCCGAGUGAAGUGAGCAUCUCUGACCUGAAUGCCAUCAAGACCAUUUAUGGAGCGGGAUCAAAGUUCCGCAAAUCCAGCUGGUAUAGUGUCUGGCAAGGAAGGCGGGACUACGACCUCUUCGGUGAGCAGGAUGAGCGUGUCCACGCGGCCCAGAGGCGCCUCGUCAGCCGGCCAUACGCCAUGUCAUCCCUGAAACAGCUGGAACCCUAUGUCGACAAUGCCGUGCUUGUGUUUCUGAACAAGCUUGGGGACAUGGCCGGCCAGGUUAUCGACCUGGGAAACUGGUUCCAGCUGUUUGCGUUCGAUGUCAUCGGCGAAAUCACCUUCUCCAAACCGUUUGGCUUCAUGGAUGCGGGCACGGACGAUGGCUCCUUCAAGCCGAUCCAAGACGCGCUGUUCUCCGGGGCCUGGGUCGGUCAGGUCCCGUGGUUGUUCUGGCUGAGCGACUUUCUGUCGCCUGUCAUUGGGCAACGGCUGGCUAUCGCGGGAAGGAACACCAACUGGGUCGCCAAGGUAGUCCGCGAGGUCACUGCCCGGCUCCAGAGUGGCUCGGACUGUCCCGACAUCCUCGGCCAGCUCCUCAAGGUCCACCACGAAAAGCCGCAGCAGUUUAGCGUGUCGAACCUCAUGUCUGUUGCGGGGUCAAAUGUUUUCGCCGGAAGCGACACCACGGCCAUCUCGACUCGCGCCAUCGUGUACAACGUCCUGAAGAACCCGGAGUGCAAGCAGAGACUGCUCGACGAGAUUGACGACUUCCGACGGCGAGGUGAGCUCAGCGACCCCGUCACCAUCGCGGAGGCCGAGAAAAUGCCGUACCUGCAGGCGGUAAUGUACGAGGCCUUGCGUUGCCACCCGGCGGUGGGCAUGACCUUGCCCCGUGUGGUUCCUCCGGAAGGACUCGAGGUCGACGGACACUAUUUGCCCGCUGGCUCCAUUGUCGGAGUCAACCCCUGGGUCGUCCAUCGAAACAAGGAUGUCUAUGGGCAUGAUGCAGACACAUUCAGGCCCGAGAGAUGGCUUAAAGCUGACACGGCAGAUAUGCAUCGCUUUUUCUUUGCCUUCGGUUCCGGAGCGCGAACCUGCAUUGGCAAAAGUGAGUCUCUGCCCGUUGUAUAGAAUGGCACAGGCUCACAUGCUGAGUGGUCUUCCAUUAGAC